AAUUUCAGAGCCUGCAAAGAGGAGCUGUCUUUUGCUGCUUUGGGAUCCCAGCAAGAAUUGGGGGCCUGAUGGAUUUUAAAGGCACCUGCUUUAUUUAAAGCCCAGCCAAACAGAUAAGUGCCCUUUUAAUUAUCUCACAACAGCAUUUUAGACAUAGCUGUGUGCAACACCUCUUUUCAGUUGGGUUCAAUUCGAUAAGCCCUCUGUUUCACCAUUGCAAAUGAAUGCUCUGGGGUUCUCCUUUUGGCUGAGAAUUACCAGAUGAUAUCGGCAUUUCAUGUGAGCUAAUUAAUUAGCGUCUUAGGGAACUGCAGCUGAUGGCUCGGGAAGUUAUCUCCCAGGGGUUUUUCCCUGCCCCUCUGGAACUGCUGUCUCCAGCAGCCCUGUGAAGUUUUGGGACUCUGAGGAGCAGCUCCGCGGGACCAGAGGAGGCUGAUGCGACUCAUCUGAGCCUUGAGGAGUGCUCUGGGACUCAUUAGAGGUUUAAUAACUAAACUCGGCUGCUUUGAUUGAGAAGAUGCUUGUGCAGGCUUGUCGCAAUCUCAGCUAACACUGCUGGCAGGAGAGAGGGCUUUCUGCAUGUGCUGGUCAUAUGUGUGUGGAGAAAGUGAUAACCCUGCUUCUUCCUGACAGUUUCCAGGUGGGAAAAUAGCUGGGGGUGGGGGAGAGAAGCCCUUAGUUUUAUUGAGUUUAUACAGGGCAUACAAAGAGGUAUCAUGGAUGACUGAUAACAAGAACUGUCCCCUCAAUGUUAUGGGGACAUUUAUAUCUAAGGGUGGAAAGCACCGACUCUUGAGAAAGUAGUUUCUGGCUGCUUAGAUCUGCUUCUAUAGGUGACUGCUGCUUGCUUUUGGGCACACCACUGCAAAUAUUAAGUGAAGAAAUCAUCAAAAUAUGAUCUCUUGUACAGUGUAACUGUAGUAGUAUACAGCCACAAGGCAGGGGUAAAUAUUCAUGAUACUGAAACUUAAUGAGGUAAUGAAAAAAACCUACUAAAGCAGAGUAUGUGAGCAUUGGAGUGGCUGUGUGGCUGGGACAGGAGCCAAAUUAUCUGCUCCAGACCUGUCCUGUCUGCUCUACCCUGAGCUCUGCUGUUAAUUAGCAGUGUAAAAUGUCUAGUUUGGUGUUAGGAAUAUUACAAACAGGUUUGCUAUUGCAAAUUAGACUACAGUAACUGAUGUGAAUCCAUCCUACCUGCCUAAGCAGAAGGCGAGUUUCUUGGUGAAGGUGCAAGGCUAGGACUGAGAAAAAGACUUGGAGAGACAAGACAGUGAAGUAGGAGGUUACUGUGGCAUGAGAGAACUAGAUCUGGAUCAACUCGUGUGAUCCCUGGAAUGUCCAAAGUUCCCUGUUUCCUAGGGAAAGCUUCACUCCUGCUGUUACUAUGAAUAAAGUUUAUAUUAAUAGAAGAAAUGACACGUCGGAUACUGAUGACUGUCCUCUGUCUUACAAUUGAAAACAGUGCUUACUCCUGACUCUUCAAUAAUCUGAUAGGGAAAAGGUUUGACAAUAUGUUGAGAAACACUGGUAAAAUGAAGCCCUAAUGAGAAAAUCAGGGUUUGUUCAUUCAAGCAAGGAUGGAUAAGAAGUUAAAAAACCCAAACAUCUGUAUACCCCAACUAACAGAGCAAUUUGCUCCUCAAGAAAAGCCCCAAAACCCUAAACAAACAAAUUUAAACUCGGAGGUCCUUAAGCUUUUGACUAUUGGGUUUGCAACUUGGAAUCUGCUUUCUGACAGUGUGCUGGUAUCUUCCCCCAAAUCAGUUUCCAUUAAACUAACCCUAACCUGGCCAGUUCCAGUCUGGGCAUCAGAGCUGAAUUCGGCAAUCAUACCCUGAAGUGUGGCAUGCAACUUGCAAUGCUCUGUGCUCCUUGGCAAAAGAGGCAGAAAACAGUACCUCUUAGGAGCUGUAUUGAUGUGAGGUGGUGCUGAGUGUGUUAUAAGCACUUAUGGCUUGGUUGGUGUAUCCAGCACCUGAGAAGAAGAGAUUCAACAGAUCUUGACAGGUUUUUGUGGAAAAAAUUGUCUGGAAAAGAUGACCCCUGAAUCCCUAUCUCUCUCCUCAUCUUACAGGUGAUCUUUGAGGACACUUGGGAGUCUGUAGCUUCUGAAUGCAUGAUCUUCUCCUGGGAUUAGAAGAAAGCCAUGGGGAAAGACAAGAAGGAACAGGAGCCUGUCUUUCUGAGGAAAAAGAUAACUUUGCUGCGGGCUUUCUCACUCCUCAUCGGCAGUAUGAUUGGCAGUGGCAUCUUCAUCUCCCCAAAAGGAGUGCUGAAAAACUCUGGCAGCAUGGGUUUGUCCCUGGUUGUCUGGUUUGCCUGUGGGGUCCUCUCAAUGUUUGGUGCCUUGUGUUAUGCAGAGCUUGGAACGAGAAUCACCAAGUCUGGAGGACAUUAUAUCUACAUUUUGGAGACACUAGGGCGUCUGCCAAGUUUCUUAUUUCUGUGGGCAGAGUUUUUUGCUAUUAGGCCUGCCAACAGUGCUGUUAUUUCUUUGGCGUUUGGAAGCUACAUGCUGGAGCCAUUUUUUGCCCCCUGUGCACCCCCUGUCCCUGCUGUGAAGCUUGUGUCUCUCCUGGGGUAUUACAUGAUCCUCGCCCUCAAUUCCUGGAGCGUCACCUGGAGUGGCCAGCUGCAGACGGCUCUCUCUGUUGUCAAACUCCUGGCUCUUGCACUCAUCAUCGUGCCAGGGAUGAUGCUGCUUGCCAAGGGCCACACUGAGAACUUCGAGGAUGCUUUUGACAGACAGUCCCUGGUUUUGGAUAAACUUCCCCUGGCUUUUUAUGCAGGCAUGUUCGCGUAUUCAGGCUGGUUCCAGACCAGCUUUGUGCGUGAAGAGUUGGUCAGACCUGAACGAAACAUCCCCCUGGCUGUCAUCGUGUCCGUGAUCACAGUAAUUGUGGGGUACAUGCUCACCAAUGUCUCUUAUUACACAGUCUUGGAAACACAAGACGUUCUGGCUUCUCCUGCUGUGGCUGUGAGCUUUGCGCAACAAGCCUUCAAAAGCUUGACCUCCGUAAUCCCUAUCCUUGUCUCGCUGUCCUGCUUUGGAACCAUGAAUGGAGGAAUCUUCACAUUUUCAAGGACCCUGUUUGUGGCUUCCAGGGAAGGACAGUGGCCUCCUCUCUUCUCCAUGAUCCACAUCCGAAGGCAUACACCCCUUCCUGCUGUCAUGUUAAUGUUCCCUUUGGUUACUACCAUGGUGUGUAUCGGAGAUAUCUACCAUCUAUUGAACUUCUUCAGCUUUUCCCGAUGGCUCUUCAUAGGAUUAGCCACCCUUGGGCUCAUCAUCCAUCGCUACCGUCACCCAGAGCUGCAGAGCCCGUUCAAGGUUCCCCUGUUCAUUCCCAUCUCUUUUACCAUCAUCUGCCUCUUCACAGUGGCAAUGUCUUUCUACUCAGACCCUGUGAACAUUAGCAUCGGAUGCACCAUAGUUUUAAGCGGUUUUCCAGUCUACUACCUCAUAAUCCACAAGCAAAUGUCAGAUUGUUUCCGUAGCCCAUUAUAUUAUCUUACACAUAAACUACAGUUACUGCUGGAAGUAGUCCAACAAGAAAUCAAGACUUACUGAGAAAACCAUCAGAACUCACACGAGAAUGUAAAAUCUACUUACUUCGUUUCUGAUACCUUUGAUCCUACCAAAAGCAGGCCAUGGUACCGUUCUUUUAAUUGCUGCAAAUGAGGAUGAGCCUGAGCCAAAACCUUGCUGCAAGUCUUCCUAAGUUUGCUUAGGAACUGGGAUGAGUGCAUCGCAUCUCUUUCUGCCCCCCCCCCCCCCCCCCUUUUUCAGCAGAACAAUCUAAUUCUGUGAAAUGAGUUUGCUUUGCCCUCAGAGUGUCUUCAAAACCAAGAUCCUAUUUUGCAGCCUAGCCCAGUCCUCAGUAAAAUAGUGUAUGUG